ACCAAACCAAACCAGAAGAUACCUCAAAAUGGUUGUGGCCUCUCCCUCGAAUGUAAAAUCCCACAUAACAGAAGAUACCUCAGAAUCUUCUAUUUUCUCUCUCUUCUCUUAUUUAUCUUUCGACAAUAAUAACAACACACAUAACAGAAAAACGGAAGAAAAGAAAGAGAAUGAGAGCGCUUAACUCGUCCCACGUGGUUCUCAUAGAUCUUCACUACCACCACGUUCCCUCCUCAACUCUCGCUUACCUCAAAAACUCUCAUUUCAUAUCCUCUCUCCGUCGCUCUCGAACCAACCCAAUUCGAUGUUCCGUCUCGCCCGCGAUUCGCCGUCCCUCCGAUCGCUUCCAUUCCGGAAAUGCCUCUUCGCCGUCCACUUCCCGCCCCGAAGCUGCAACGGAGCUCAACCUCUUUCUGGAAUUGCUCCCUCUCAAGAUGCGAAGGGAAUUGUAUCGCCAUCGCGAAAUUGGAGGCCUCAUAGAGGUCGUCAUGGAUUUAGGUAGAAAACCUCUCGCCAGGUUCCCUUCCGGUGACUGGAUCAUCUCCGAACAACCAAUUAAGCACGAAGAUUUACGCCACGCCAUUUCCAAGGUUGGUGAGUUUUCUGAUGAUAACCGAUCGGGUAUUGAUAGGUCUUUGCAUCGGAUAAGUGCGAUUCGGAAUCGUAAAAUGCAAAUCAUUGGGCUUACUUGUCGAGUGGGUAGAGCCGUGAGUGGCAGUGCUGAAAUCAUACGUGAUUUGGUUGAGGAUGGAGGUUCUAUAUUGGUUAUUGGACCUCCUGGAGUGGGUAAAACUACUCUGAUUAGAGAGAUUGCUAGGAUGCUGGCAGAUGAGUUCAGGAAGCGUGUUGUGAUAGUGGAUACGUCCAAUGAAAUUGGAGGUGAUGGAGAUGUUCCUCAUGAAGGCAUAGGCAGGGCAAGGCGGAUGCAAGUUCCAAACGUAAACAUGCAGCAUCAUGUUAUGAUUGAAGCAGUUGAAAAUCAUAUGCCUGAAACCAUUAUAAUUGAUGAAAUUGGAACUGAGCUUGAAGCAUUGGCAGCCAGUACCAUUGCUCAAAGAGGAGUUCAAUUGGUUGGAACGGCACAUGGAACAUCCAUUGAAAACAUAAUAAAAAAUCCCUAUCUUCAGAUUCUUGUUGGUGGCAUAGAGAGCGUAACCCUUGGGGAUGAGGAAGCCAGGAAAAGGAAAGUGCAGAAGACAAUUCUUGAAAGGAAAGGACCUCCUACAUUUACAUCCGCUGUUGAGAUGAUAUCUAAAACUGAAUGCCGUGUUCAUCAUAGAUUAGAUGCAACUGUGGAUGCCAUUUUGGCAGGUAAACCUCCAUUAUUUGAAAUCCGACAAUGGGAUGAUUAUGCCAGUGAUUUGGUCAAAUAUGCUCCAGUGCCUGAAAAAGAUCAUGAAGAACCAUCUGAUUUAACUAACAAUAAUAAUAUCAUGGGCUCUGACAUAGAACCUGGUAAGGUUGAUAAAGACCAUCCUCGUACUUGGUCGAAGAAGUGGAGUACUAGUGAAUCUGUGAUCAAGAGGAGUUCACCAAUGCAAGUUUAUACUUACAAGAUUCUUGAAGCUGAUCUACUACAAGUGGCAAAAGUAAUGGGUCUGGAAGAUGUAAUAGAUUUGACCGAUGACAUUGGAACUGCUGAUGCAAUUCUAGCAACCAGUUCUGAGAUACGUCAAAACCCGUGGAUCCGUGGUGUGGCCAAAUUCCACCGCUUGCCUGUUUUUGUCAUCAAGUCCAAUACCAUGGCGCAAAUGGUCAAGGCAGUGCGUAUGAUCCUUGGGCUAGACUCCAUUGACUCUACACCAAAGAAGCCAUUAAACGACUCUCUGGAUAUUGAAAUUGAGGAUGAUGAACCGAAACGAAAGCCGUCUCUGGAAGAGAUUGAUGCGUUGGAGGAGGUCCGGCUUGCAAUAGAGUACAUAGUGAUUCCUGGUGGAGAGCCUGUGGAACUUCUUCCUAGACGUUCUGAAAUUAUUGCUCGGCAGCUUGAACUUGUGCAAAGUUAUCAGUUGGCUGCUGAAAAUUCAGGUACCGAACAAAACCCCAGGUUGCAGAUUCUUCCCUUGAGGCUGAAUCCCAAAAAACCCUCUAAAUCUAGUUCUGUUGCCCGCAAGAAAACUACUGAUGAUGGCGGCAAUGGUACCACUGUUACCAGGCUUCCUAUUUUGCCCGAAUGAUUAAAAUUAUUCUCCGAUUCUAACAUAUUUUCACUUCACUGGUUUGUACAUGAAACAUGUACAGUCAUGCAAGUGGUGUAAAUAAUUUAUUUAAUGUCAAAGAGCUUGUAGCUCAAUUGGGGUGUGGUGACAUUUUUGACGGAAGUUUGAUCCUCCGCCAAGCUACCCAUUCCUGUACCUAGUCCUUGUAUCUCCAUUAUAUAUAAACAAAUUCAUCAACAGACAAUGCAAUGAUUUU